AAAUAUGCCCAGUCAAAUACGUCUGUUAGGUUUCUAGAUCAAUUGGAUGCCAUUGCAUUAGUCUCUAAUCGUUAUUCGCAACUUAUAAGUGUUUCUCAUGCUGCUAGAACUUUCAAUCUAGGCAACCUUUUGCUUUACUAUCGUAAUGUUCGGUCAUUUAUAGACGACAUUGUUGUGGUGCCGUCUUUUUGCUUGUGCGUCGGUAAUCGGGAUCUUGACAUUCGUUCUCUUCAAGACGCUAACGUGAAUUUUCCAGCUGUUUGUAAGCCUCUUGCGUCACAUGGAAAGACAGCGGCACAUAAAAUGGUGAUACUCUUCAAACAGAGUGAUUUGAGCCUGAUUAAAUGUCACUCUGUGGUACAGAGUUUUGAAAACCACAAUGGGAUCCUGUUAAAGGCAUACGUCAUUGGUGACUUCCUUCAUCUCGUUACAAGACCGUCCAUUAAAAAUCUGUCCAAAGAAUAUGAACCAAUCUUUUUUAACUCUCGAGAUGUUUCUAAAGAGAAUUCGCAUUCUGUACUUAACAACACUCACGAUGUCCCAAGCAUUGAGGAUUUAGGCAUUGACAAGUCCUUAAUGAAGCGAGUCAUUGACUCCCUUCGAGUGCGCUUACGUCUCAAACUCAUGGGCGUCGAUUUUGUGAUCCCUUCCAGCGCGGAGCGUAAACAUCACUUGGCUAUUAUAGAUGUCAACGUAUUUCCAGCCAAAAUCGAGAGCAAUCAUUUAACCAUCUCAAAUUUACUCUUGAAUUUCCGAACUGUAAAAUUCGCUCAACCCCAUUUCACUCUAGAUUAUAGCUGUGUCCCAAAUUUUCACUUCCACCUGGAGAAUUUGGUGCGAAAUAUGCUAGAUUUACCUGCGGUUCCUCUGUCAGCGGCUGCCCCGGAGACGUCCGUGUAA